CGCACGCACACACACCGUGCCGCGGCUCUUGCUCACACACACACACAAACACACACUGCCCGGCCACUUGGUAAUUUCCCUCACCGUGCAGGAUAUUUUAGUGCUGAAAAGCGGGACUGGCUGUCGGCUGAUGUGCAUCUUUCCGGGGCUGACUCGUUUGAAAUGCCCCAGUAGAGGAUACGAAGACGCGGUGAUGCUAGUCUAAAACGAGGGAACUUGUGGAAUAUUUGAUUGUCGACUUCUUCACCGGCAUCGCUUUGGCUCUCGGCUGCUGCUGCGGGGGGUUUGCUUUGCUGUGAAGCUCAGCAGACAUCCAAGGGUGUAUUUUCCUCAACAAUCAGGUGUAGCUGGAGCCCCUGCCCACACCGCUUAGCAAGAUGGUGGUGUUAUCUCUAAAAAUCUGCGUGCGCCAGUGCAACGUUGUGAAGACGAUGCAGUUUGAACCCUCCACAGCUGUCUAUGAUGCCUGCAGGAUCAUCAGAGAGAGGGUCCCAGAGGCCCAAACUGGACAGGCUUCAGACUAUGGUCUGUUUUUGUCUGAUGAAGACCCCAGAAAAGGCAUCUGGUUGGAGUCUGGAAGGACACUGGAUUACUACAUGCUACGUAAUGGGGAUAUUCUGGAGUACAAGAAGAAGCAAAGACCACAGAAAAUCAAAAUGUUGGAUGGGGCCAUUAAAACAAUCAUGGUGGAUGACUCCAAAACUGUGGGCGAGCUUCUUGUGACCAUAUGUAGUAGAAUAGGCAUCACAAAUUAUGAGGAGUACUCUCUGAUCCAGGAGACGGUGGAGGAAAAGAAGGAGGAUGGGAUGGGAACUCUGAAGAAAGACAGGACACUGCUGCGUGAUGAGAGGAAAAUGGAAAAACUGAAGGCCAAACUUCACACAGAUGAUGAUUUGAAUUGGCUGGACCACAGCAGGACGUUCAGAGAGCAGGGGGUGGACGAGAACGAGACCCUCCUGCUUAGACGCAAGUUCUUCUACUCAGACCAGAAUGUAGACUCCCGAGACCCAGUCCAGCUCAAUCUACUUUACGUUCAGGCUCGAGAUGAUAUCCUAAAUGGUUCCCACCCGGUGUCAUUUGACAAGGCCUGUGAGUUUGGUGGCAUUCAGGCUCAGAUCCAGUUUGGACCUCACAUAGAGCACAAACACAAGCCUGGAUUCUUAGAUUUAAAGGAGUUUCUACCCAAAGAAUACAUAAAACAGAGAGGAGCUGAGAAGAAAAUCUUCCAGGAACACAAAAAUUGUGGAGAAAUGACAGAAAUUGAAGCUAAAGUAAAAUAUGUCAAACUGGCACGGUCUCUGCGGACAUAUGGCGUCUCCUUCUUCCUGGUCAAGGAAAAAAUGAAGAGCAAGAACAAGCUGGUGCCACGGCUCUUGGGCAUCACCAAAGAGUCUGUGAUGAGAGUGGAUGAGAAGACCAAAGAUGUAGUUCAGGAGUGGCCACUCACAACUGUAAAGAGGUGGGCAGCAUCCCCCAAGAGCUUCACCCUGGACUUUGGGGAGUACCAGGAGAGCUACUACUCUGUACAGACCACUGAGGGGGAACAGAUCUCUCAGCUCAUUGCAGGUUACAUCGACAUCAUCCUCAAAAAGAAGCAAAGCAAGGACCGUUUUGGAUUAGAAGGUGACGAGGAGUCAACCAUGCUCGAAGAAUCUGUAUCACCAAAAAAGUCCACCAUCCUCCAGCAGCAGUUUAACCGAGUGGGUCGGGUGGAGCACGGCUCUGUUGCACUGCCAGGGGUGAUUCGCUCCGGCUCCAUCGGCACUGAGUCGCUUAGCAUGGGUACCAUGCCUUCCCCUCAACAGCAGAUCACAAUGGGUCAGAUGCACCGUGGACACAUGCCACCACUGAGUUCAGCUCAGCAGGCUCUGAUGGGAACCAUCAACACAAGUAUGCAAGCUGUACAGAAGGCCCAGAUAGAUCUGGGAGAGGUUGACAACCUCCCACCACUGGGACAGGACAUGGCAUCCAAGGUGUGGAUCCAGAACAAGAUGGAUGAGUCAAAACAUGAGAUUCACUCCCAGGUGGACGCCAUCACUGCAGGAACCGCUUCUGUUGUGAACCUCACUGCUGGUGAUCCAACUGACACAGAUUACACAGCCGUAGGCUGCGCCAUCACCACCAUCUCCUCCAAUCUGACUGAAAUGUCAAAGGGUGUGAAGUUGUUGGCCGCACUGAUGGAGGACGAUGUGGGAGGAGGUAACGACCUGAUGAAGGCUGCCAGGACACUUGCAGGAGCUGUGUCUGACCUGCUGAAGGCUGUGGAGCCAGCUUCUGGAGAGCCUAGACAAACUGUGCUGACAGCAGCAGGCAGCAUCGGUCAGGCCAGUGGAGACCUCCUGCGCCAGAUUGGAGAAAAUGAGACAGACGAGAGGUUCCAGGAUGUCCUGAUGAAUCUGGCCAAAGCAGUGGCCAACGCAGCAGCCAUGUUAGUGCUGAAAGCCAAGAACGUAGCCCAAGUUGCAGAGGACACGGUCCUACAGAACCGGGUCAUUGCAGCUGCCACACAGUGCGCCCUGUCCACCUCUCAGCUUGUGGCAUGUGCAAAGGUGGUGAGUCCUACUAUAAGCUCCCCGGUUUGCCAGGAACAGUUAAUUGAAGCAGGAAAACUGGUGGACCGCUCAGUGGAGAGCUGCGUCCAGGCCUGCCUCUCUGCAACAGAAGAUGGCGAGCUCCUCAAACAGGUGAGCACAGCAGCCAGUGUGGUGAGUCAGGCUCUGGGUGAUCUCCUGCAACAUGUUCGUCAGUACACCUCAAGAGGAGAGCCAAUCGGACGCUACGACCAGGCCACCGACACCAUCAUGACAGUCACUGAGAGCAUCUUUAGCUCAAUGGGAGAUGCAGGAGAGAUGGUUCGCCAGGCUCGGGUUUUGGCUCAGGCUACGUCAGACCUGGUGAACGCCAUGCGAUCUGAUGCUGAAGCCGAAGUGGACGUGGACAAUUCAAAGAAGUUGCUGGCAGCAGCUAAAUUGCUUGCAGACGCCACUGCAAGGAUGGUGGAGGCAGCAAAGGGUGCAGCAGCAUACCCAGAAAAUGAGGACCAGCAGCAGAGACUGAGGGAGGCUGCAGAGGGGCUGCGUGUGGCCACUAAUGCUGCUGCUCAAAACGCCAUCAAGAAGAAAUUAAUCAACAGACUAGAGAAUGCUGCCAAGCAAGCUGCGGCUGCUGCCACGCAGACCAUCGCCGCUGCCCAGAACGCGGCCGCCUCCAACAAGAACACAGCUGCUCACCAGCAGCUGGUGCAGAGCUGUAAGGCAGUGGCAGACCACAUCCCACAGCUCGUCCAGGGCGUACGAGGCAGUCAGGCCAAACCAGAGGACCUCAGUGCACAACUAGCCCUCAUCAUUGCCAGCCAGAACUUUCUACAGCCUGGUAGUAAGAUGGUGACCUCGGCCAAGUCAUCUGUUCCCACGGUGACAGAUCAGCCUGCAGCCAUGCAACUGGGUCAGUGUGCCAAAAACCUGGCCACCUGCCUGGCUGAGCUGAGGACAUCUGCACAGAAGGCUCAUGAAGCUUGUGGCCCCAUGGAGAUCGACUCUGCACUAACUGCCAUCCAGACCCUGAGAAGCGAACUGCAAGAUGCCAAGCUGGCUGCUUCAAAUACCCAACUCAAGCCUCUACCUGGAGAAUCGUUGGAGAAAUGUGCUCAGGAUCUGGGCAGCACCUCAAAAUCUGUGGGAUCCUCCAUGGCUCAGCUGCUCACCUGUGCUGCUCAAGGAAAUGAACAUUAUACUGGAAUAGCAGCCAGAGAGACAGCGCAGGCCCUGAAAACACUCGCCCAGGCAGCUCGUGGUGUCGCUGCUUCCACCACAGACCCCAAGGCUGCUGCAGCCAUGCUGGACUCUGCUCGUGAUGUCAUGGAGGGGUCAGCACUUCUAAUUCAUGAGGCCAAGCAGGCACUGGUUUCCCCUGGAGAUGCUGAGAGCCAGCAGAGGCUUGCACAAGUGGCCAAAGCAGUCUCUCAUUCCCUGAAUAACUGUGUCAACUGUCUGCCUGGCCAGAAGGAUGUGGAUAUGGCACUGAAAAGCAUUGGUGAAGCCAGCAAGAAGCUGCUGAUUGAAACUGUCCCUCCAACCUCAAAGUCCUUUCAGGAAGCCCAGAAUGAGCUGAACCAAACUGCAGCAGAUCUGAACCAGUCCGCAGGUGAGGUGGUGCAUGCCUCAAGAGGCUCCAGCAGCCAGCUGGCUGUGGCCUCUGGAAAGUUCAGCCAAGACUUUGAUGAGUUCCUGGAUGCUGGCAUAGAGAUGGCUGGGCACACGCAGAAAAAGGAUGACCAGGUGCAGGUGAUUGGUAACCUGAAGAACAUCUCCAUGGCUUCCAGCAAACUGCUGCUGGCUGCUAAAAGUCUGUCUGUGGACCCAGCAGCAGCGAACGCCAAGAACCUGCUAGCUGCUGCUGCGAGAGCUGUAACUGACAGCAUCAACCAGCUGAUCACGUUGUGUACGCAGCAGGCACCCGGUCAGAAGGAGUGUGACAAUGCUCUGAGGGAAUUAGAGGCUGUAAGAGGAAUGCUAGAUAACCCAAGUGAGCCAGUCAGUGACCUCUCUUACUUUGACUGUAUUGAGAGUGUGAUGGAGAACUCAAAGGUCCUGGGAGAGUCCAUGGCUGGUAUUUCUCAGAACUGCAAGACUGGAGAUGUGCCUGCUUUUGGAAACUGUGUGGGUUCAGCCUCCAGAGCCCUGUGUGGCCUUACUGAAGCUGCAGGACAGGCCUCCUACCUGGUGGGUGUGUCUGACCCCAACAGUCAGGCAGGACAUCAGGGGUUGGUGGAUCCCAUCCAAUUUGCCAAAGCCAACCAGGCAAUCCAGAUGGCCUGUCAAAAUCUGGUCGACCCAGAAAGCAGCCCCUCCCAGGUGCUCUCAGCAGCCACCAUCGUUGCUAAGCACACCUCGGCAUUGUGCAACGCCUGUCGUCUGGCUUCCUCCAAGACAACUAACCCAGUUGCUAAGAGGCACUUUGUUCAGUCUGCUAAGGAAGUGGCUAACAGCACUGCCAACUUGGUCAAAACCAUUAAGGCUUUGGAUGGUGAUUUUUCAGAGGAGAACAGGAACAAGUGUCGAAUUGCCACAACUCCUCUCAUUGAAGCUGUGGAAAACCUGACAACAUUUGCUUCCAACCCGGAGUUCGCCAGUGUCCCAGCUCAAAUCAGCAAUGAGGGCUCUGUAGCACAGGAGCCCAUCCUCCAGUCAGCACGUUCCAUGCUGGACAGCUCAACCCACCUGCUCAAGACUGCACGCUCAUUGGUUAUCAACCCAAAAGACCCGCCCACAUGGUCUGUUCUGGCUGGUCACUCUCGUACCGUCUCCGACUCCAUCAAGAGUCUCAUCACAGCCAUACGGGACAAGGCUCCUGGCCAACGGGAGUGCGACUCGUCAAUCGAUAAAAUUAACAAAUGUAUCCGGGACAUUGAGCAGGCCUCUCUGGCAGCCGUCAGCCAGAACUUACCCAGCAGAGACGAAAUUUCACUGGAGGCUCUACAAGAGCAGCUGACCUCCACCGUGCAAGAAAUUGGCCACUUAAUCGACCCUGUUUCCACUGCUGCCAGGGGCGAAGCUUCCCAAUUAGGACACAAGGUGACCCAACUGGCUGGUUACUUUGAACCACUGGUCAAGGCCUCUGUGGGUGUGGCCUCCAAGCUGAGUGACCACCAGCAGCAGAUGACUUUCCUGGACCAAACUAAGACUCUGGCUGAGUCUGCCCUGCAGAUGCUCUAUGCUGCCAAAGAGGGUGGAGGAAACCCAAAGGCCUCCCAUACCCACGAUGCCAUAGCAGAGGCUGCUCAGCUAAUGAAGGAGGCUGUCGAUGACAUGAUGGUGACGCUGAAUGAAGCUGCCAGUGAAGUGGGAAUGGUGGGAGGAAUGGUGGAGUCCAUUGCAGAGGCAAUGGCCAAGCUGGAUGAGGGAACGCCACCUGAACCUGAGGGCUCAUUUGUGGAUUACCAGACCAGUAUGGUAAAAUAUUCAAAGGCUAUUGCUGUCACUGCUCAGGAAAUGAUGACCAAAUCAGUGACCAGUCCAGAUGAGUUGGGAGCCCUGGCCUCUCAAGUGACCGUAGACUACAGCCAGCUGGCUGUUCAGGGACGACUAGCUGCUCACACAGCUGAGCCAGAAGAGAUCGGCUUCCAGAUCAAGACCCGAGUGCAGGAGCUUGGUCAUGGCUGUAUCUUCUUGGUCCAGAAGGCUGGAGCUCUGCAGAUCACUCCCUCUGACAGCAUCACCAAGCGAGAACUCAUUGAAUGUGCCCGUGCAGUCACAGAGAAGGUGUCCUUGGUGCUUUCGGCCCUCCAGGCAGGCAACAAGGGCACUCAGGCCUGCAUCACAGCAGCCAGUGCAGUGUCCGGCAUUAUCGCCGAUCUGGACACCACCAUUAUGUUUGCCUCUGCCGGCACACUCAAUGCAGAGAACGAUGAGUCCUUCGCUGACCACAGGGAAAACAUUCUGAAGACAGCCAAAGCUCUGGUCGAGGACACAAAGAUGCUGGUGUCUGGUGCAGCCUCCGGUCAGGACAAGUUAGCUCAGGCAGCCCAGUCCUCUGCCAAAACCAUUACUCAGCUCACAGAUGUGGUCAAACUUGGAGCUGCCAGCAUCGGAUCAGAUGACCCAGAGACACAGGUGGUCCUGAUAAAUGCUGUCAAAGAUGUGGCCAAGGCGCUGGCUGAGCUCAUUAGUGCCACCAAGUGUGCAGCUGGCAAGGCAGCAGAUGAUCCAUCUAUGUACCAACUAAAGAGUGCUGCCAAGGUGAUGGUGACUAAUGUGACGUCCCUGCUAAAGACGGUCAAGGCUGUGGAAGAUGAGGCUACUCGAGGCACCAGAGCGCUGGAGGCCACAAUCGAGUGUAUCAAACAGGAAAUGGCGCUCUUUCAAUCCAAGGAUGCUCCAAACAAGACAACCACACCUGAGGAGUUUAUUCGCAUGACUAAGGGAAUCACUAUGGCAACUGCUAAAGCAGUGGCUGCAGGAAAUUCGGCCCGGCAAGAGGACAUCAUCCAUACUGCCAACCUGAGCCGUAAAGCCAUUUCUGACAUGCUGUCCACCUGCAAGCAAGCAGCCUACCAUCCAGAGGUCAGUGAGGAGGUGAAGAACAGAGCGCUGAUGUUUGGAGCAGAGUGCACAACUGGAUACAUUGAUCUGCUGGAACAAGUGCUGAUGGUCCUGCAGAGGCCCACUGCAGAGCAGAAGCAGCAGCUGGCAAUUUGCUCUAAACGUGUGGCGGGGGCUGUGACGGAGCUCAUCCAGACUGCUGAGGCCAUGAAAGAUGGAGGCUCGGAGUGGGUAGACCCUGAAGAUCCGACGGUGAUUGCAGAAACUGAACUGCUCGGAGCAGCAGCAUCCAUUGAAGCAGCAGCGAAAAAGCUGGAGCAACUCAAACCUCGAGCAAAGCCAAAGCUGGCAGAUGAGACGCUGAACUUUGAGGAGCAGAUCCUGGAGGCUGCCAAGUCCAUUGCUGCUGCCACCAGCGCCUUGGUCAAAUCAGCUUCAGCAGCUCAGAGGGAGCUAGUAGCUCAGGGGAAAGUGGGCUCCAUCCCUGCCAAUGCUGUGGAUGAUGGACAGUGGUCUCAAGGGCUCAUCUCUGCUGCACGUAUGGUAGCAGCAGCGACUAGCAACCUGUGCGAAGCAGCCAACGCCUCAGUUCAAGGCCAUGCCAGCGAAGAGAAGCUCAUCUCUUCAGCUAAACAGGUGGCGGCCUCCACUGCCCAGCUGCUGGUGGCCUGUAAGGUCAAGGCCGACCAGGACUCUGAGGCCAUGAGGAGACUGCAGAUUGCUGGGAAUGCAGUGAAGAAGGCAUCAGACAAUUUGGUGCGAGCCGCUCAGAAGGCAGCUUUUGAUAAAGCAGAUGAAGACAACGUGGUGGUCAAGACAAAGUUUGUGGGUGGAAUAGCGCAGAUCAUUGCCGCUCAGGAGGAGAUGCUAAGGAAGGAGAGGGAGCUGGAAGAAGCCAGAAAGAAACUGGCUCAGAUCAGGCAGCAGCAGUACAAGUUCCUGCCCACCGAACUACGAGGGGACAACAACUAAACAUGCUGCAUUCUCUUUAACCGGUGUAAGGAGCACAUGUGUAUUUGUAAAUUCUGUCCCCUGAAGUCACACCUGGACAGGUAUAUGGCAUACAGCGACUUCUGUGACUGAUUUCUACAAACCAGUAAAGCCCGGUCUGCUUUGAACAAAUGGAAAUGGAAAAAAUCUUCUAAAUCUUUGUCAACUUCUAGAACGUUUAUAAUACUACUGUGUGGGACUGACUACCUUCUGAAAACAUAAAGAUUGUGGUGAACUGACAGAAGAACUUCUUCCUGUCGUCAUUUAUAGUGCAAAUACUUAAACCAAUGUAAACCAGAAUGUGACAUGGCAAGGACAAACAGCACCGCUCAUGCUCGACUUUGCCUGCAAGCUAGACUUGUUUUCUUUUAAUAGUUUGCAGUUCUUGUGUAAAAACUUAAAAAUGAAGAAGUGAUUGUACUGCUGUUCAUGCUGUGUAACUGCAGCAUCAAUCUGAAAGCAAAAACUUUUCAGCUCGGUACUCUGUGUGAAUGUUGGCCUUUCUGCUCCAGUUUGCACCUUAAUGUCUCUGUGAAUCAUGUGUGGCAUGUCUUGGCUUUAUGUCAGUGGUCAUUAACCCUAAUAUGAAGGAAUAUUGGUGUUUCUUGGACCAUAGUGCACAUUUCAAUAAUAGACAGUUAUGGGAAAUUUUAUUUAAUAUAAACAUUUAAUUUUUUUUUUUUCAUGCUGAUAUUUGUCAGAUUUACAUGCAAAACUUUUAAGCUGCAACAAAUCCUGUCUGUUGGAACCUCUGUAUAGAUCUCAUCAUGUGCAACCACUGAGUUACCAACUACAUACCAUGUGAAUGCUUCUAUACGUAGGACGACAUGUUACCAUAGAAAGAAUAUUUAUUACUCCUGAGUAUUUUUAGCAGGGAGGGGUCUUUUUCAGGGUCAGAAAUGGUCUCGCUUCACCGCUCCCACUAGCAGAGGCAAGUGUGGCUUCCUGGCUGGGUGUCAGCUGGGUUCCCAAAACUGCAAACAAUUUUUUGUAAUUAUUUAAUUUUCUGUUGUUUCAGGCAUUGAGACUUAUAUAAACAGGUUUUUCAUUGUGACGCAAUAAGACAGAUGGAACUGUAGGGGGCAGCGUUGGUUUCCUUUUCACCAUGCAACCAUAAAGUAAUUAAGGAUAAAAUUGUUGUAACUGAAGGAUUAUCUUUCGGGGUACAGUGGACAGUUUGUGUGGCCUGGCAGAUCAAUUGGGUUUCUUGAAUGCACAGUUAGAAUAAAUAGAUAAAUAGGAAAAAAGAAAAUGUCAUGCAGUGUCACUUCUAUGCAUGUGGUCUUAAGUCUCAUUAGUUUUACUUUGGUCUGUAUGUUGUUUAUCUCUCCCUUUAGAGAGUUACUGCUAUAGUGCCACUGCCAGUGAAGAAUUAGUUUCAGUUCCACUGCAAUCAUUUAAAUCCAGGAGGCAGUAAAAUCACAAUCUAAAGAAUAACAUGGCAAUAAGCUUAUUCCAACAAUUUUCUGACAGCUGAGUAUAUUUCAAAGUGAAGUUUAUCUUUUCUUGGGUGCUCUUUGUGACUUGACUGAAUAUGCUACUUGCUGCAAUAGAAGAACCUUUUUGUUCCCCAGAUUUUAUGUGUGUUGUUCCCUUGUCCUACUAUAUGGGCUCUUUUUCAAUAUUAAACUACAGUAUAUUAUAAGAUUAGGUUCUGCUAUAAAAAUGCAUGGUUUUGUGCUUCAGGUGCAGAGUAAUUCAAACCUUCACUUAACAGUACACCACAACAUUUAGCUAAGACUUUAGGUUUUCUUUCUUCUAAAGUUACAUCUGGACUCUGAGAUGUGAGGCGAGUGUUAAAAAGAGGGACUUACAUGAAGAACGUCCAUUUCUUCUCAGUUAAGUCUGUAGUGUUAUUAGUUUUCUUACAUUAUUAGUGCCUUAGUCCGUAGUCCAUACAGCAUCUGCUCUGCUUCAGUGACGACUUCAUGUCAUCAGUCAAUAGGAGGUACUGAACAAGUUUUAUUUGGACAUGUAGGUUCGUGUCUGUGAAGGUUUUUAACAUUUGUUGUCCCACUUAUUAACAAGCUGUUCCUCUACAUGCUGAAACAACUGCACCCCCUUUAUCUCUCCUCUCUGUCACAUGUGAGGCCUUUUUGGAAUGACAGAUGAACUGUCUACCAGUCAAAAAAUGUGUUGCAGUUUAAAUUGUACUCUCAGUAUGUAUACUGUAUAUGUAUAUUACAUAUAUACACAUUUUUGUACUGCAUUCCAUGGGCAUGUACCACAGUACUUCUAAACUACAGACUGGAGAUGUGAGUCUGUCAACUGCUUUAUUGUAUGUUAUAAAGUCAGAAUUUUUAUGGACCGGCUUUUUUCUUGUGCUUUUAAGAUAAUAUGAAAGCUACAUGUGGCAGGAACGUUUCAAUAUAUGUCACCAUAAUAAUGUUGUGAAGCAUUUUCGAUUCUGUGGAGUAAUCGAAGUGUUAUAUAUGUUCCCUUCUCCCUCACCAGAAAUUAAAUUAGGAUGUUGCUACACUAAAGAUGAGUAAGAAUUUACAAUAUUAAAGAUAUUUAUCUGGCCUUGAUAAAACUAUUUUUUGUAUUCACUGAAAAUAAAGCAUUUCAAUGUAA